GAGAGAGAGAGAGAGAGAGAACUAGAAGGCAGUAGAAGGGAAGAAUGAGUACAGGAACAAGCACUUUUGUAAUCAGAUGGAUCAACUUUCUUACCAUGCUACUAGCUGUGGCAGUCAUAGGAUUUGGAGUGUGGAUGAGCACUCAUCAUGACGGCUGUCGGAAGUCUCUCACUCUUCCUGUACUAGGCCUGGGUGCCUUAAUUUUUUUAAUAUCAAUAAUUGGCUUCUUGGGCGCAUGGAAGAACAACUCCAUCUUGCUAUGGCUUUAUCUGAUCAUGCUAUUUUUGGUGUUGGUUGCCAUCUUGGUUUUCACAGUCUUGGCGUUUAUUGUGACAAAUAGUGGCUCUGGUCACAAAGUAUCAGGUCUGAGGUACAAGGAAUAUCAACUUCAAGAUUACAGUUCAUGGUUCCUAAAGCAACUGAACCAUACCCGUAACUGGAAUCACCUGAGAAGUUGUCUUGUGAAAUCUGAUGACUGCAAUAACCUGUCAAGAAAAUAUAAGGUCCACAUAUGAUUUUAAGAUUCAGUACCUCAGUUCUUUCUUGCAAAAUCAAUCUAAAUUUGGCUAGUUUUCAUGCAGACUCUUAAACAAUACAAAUUAGCAAAACUAACUCCAAUUGAAGCUGGUUGUUGUCGACCACCAUCCGAGUAGGUGCCUUUAUACGAUUUUCUCCAUCUCUGUUUCUUCCUUUUUGACUUCCUGUCAUUAGGAUUUAUGGCUGCAAUCAAGAUUUUACAUUUAUUGGUGAUUUAUUUUGAAGACUGUCUGCUACAAUUUCCUACCUCAGAAUGAUGGAAUUUGGUUCUCAGUCACCCUCUCUCUCCGUGUGGAACUGCUAUAAAUUUUUUUUAUAGGUGUGGUUAUCCUGCUGUGAAUUCAUCGUACUUUGACUUGAGCUUCCAUCCAAUCACUCCCAAUAAAGACUGCAAACUUUACAAGAACUCCAAGGCCAUCAAGUGCUACAAUUGUGAUUCCUGCAAGUAAACACAGUUUUCACAUCUUCUGGUUCUUUGUCACACCCCUUCUUUAUAUCUUUCAUUGCCCUUUGCUAUUGUUGUAUUGCGUCUGCAGAGCCGGAGUUGCACAAUACAUGAAAACCGAAUGGAGGGUGGUUGCUAUCUUUAAUGUUAUUCUGUUUGUUGUCUUGUCAAUAAUCUACUUUGUGGGAUGCUGCGCAAGACGAAAUGCUGCUAGGAGCCACUCGAAAGUUUGAAACAGACUCCUUUGUGAGGAAACUUUACAUUUCCACUUAUGAUUCCUGUGUUUCCAUCUGUGAUUUGAUGUCUCUUAUAAUUUCGUGAUGAAACAAAGAGAUAAGAUAGGCUAAGUGUUGUUGUUAAUGGUCAAGUCAGAAGUUUGUUAGUGGAAGAUCUCUUAAACUGAACAUUGACAACCAGUGUAAAAGUUUCUUCAUCUAUUGAAAUUUGUGUAAUUCUAGGCUUCGAAUAUUGAAUAUAUUAUUCUUUCAGUACAUCUUUACCCCAAAUGCUUCAGAGAAACUAAAA